UGAGAUAAGUUGAGAUGAUUUUUAAAUCUAAACCAGACCUUAGUGUGUGGAUCAGAACUGGCCUUAUUUGCUCCCGUCAGCACAGGUGAGGAGGGGGCCAUCCUAACUCCUUUGUGUACACUCUCUCCCAGCGCUACUUUUGGGAGUUGUUCGUCAAAUUGGGUGUUUAAGAAGGUAGAAGAGAUUCAAGAUGUCAUUGGGAUUUCGUUUGGAGGUUACGAAGAACAAUUCAAGGCUCUUCUUAUAGCACUUGAGGCUAGUCAUUCAAAGUCAGCCACAAAGUGGGAUAGGGAGCUUAAAAGGCUAACUUGUUCCAUUAAUUAUGAUGUGAAAGAAGGGAGUGGUGGAAGGGACAGACUGAAAGGGAGGGGCAAUAUAGUUUCUUAUGAAGCCUAAGAUUAUAACAUGGAAUGUACGGGGGCUUAAUGAUCGCAAUAAACGCCUCCGUAUUAAAUCAUUAUUGCGGAUGUGGAAGGGUGAUGUGGUGUGUUUUCAAGAAACAAAGAUGCGUUUCAUUGAUAGAAAAAUUGUGCGAAGUGUAUGGGGGUGCUUGUAUGUGGGAUGGACUUAUUUGGCUUCUUUGGGAGCCUCAGGUGGAGUGUUACUUAUGUGGGACAAAAGAGUUGUUGAGUUGAUCGAGGAGUGUAUCGGAGAAUUCUCGGUCGCGACUAGAUUUAAAAAUGUGGUUGAUGGUUGGGAAUGGGCAUUUGUAGGCUCAUAUGGACCUAACGUGGAUAGGGAUAGGAGAAGGUUAUGGGAGGAGUUGGCGGGUCUAUACUCAUUAUGGGAUGUGCCGUGGUGUAUGGGGGGCGAUUUUAAUACUAUUCGCUUUCCUAGUGAGCGUUUAGGACAUUGUCAGAAUUCUUUGGCCAUGGAAGAAUUCCGCGAGUUCAUCUUCGAUCUUGACCUCAUGGAUCUCCCUUUGGUAGGGGGUGAAUACACUUGGUCAAAUGGGCGGGUGUGGUCGAGAUUGGAUAGAUUCCUUGUAUCUCCUGCGUGGGAAACUCAAUAUCCGGAAGUGAGUCAGAAACGACUAGCUCGAGUCAGUUCUGAUCAUUUUCCUAUCCUUUUAGAUUGUGGGGGUAUUCACAGGUGGCACCGGUAUUUCAAGUUUGAAAACAUGUGGCUAAUAGCAGAUGGGUUUGUAGAGAGGGUGCGUGCUUGGUGGACUACAUAUAAGUUCAUGGGUACUCCAAGUUAUAUUCUUGCAAGUAAGUUGAAGGUAUUGAAACAAGAUUUGAAGAAGUGGAAUUUGGAGGUUUUUGGUCACAUUGAUAAUCAAAAGUUUGCACUGUUGGAGGAACUACAAGAGCUGGAGGAUAAAGAGUUAUUGGGAGAUAAUUCAGAGGAGAUGUUAUUGAGGAAGGGCAUGGUUAUAGCAAACUUGGAGAGGGUUUUGUUGUCAGAGGAAAUUUCAUGGCGUAAAAAAUCCAGAGCCCUUUGGUUGAAAGAAGGUGAUAGGUGUACGUAGUUCUUUCACAAAGUAGCUAAUUUACAUCGGCGUAAUAAUGCUAUCG